AUGGCGUUGACAAUGCAACAAUUUUUCAAACGAUCACUGUUGAACUCGGUACGUUUUUAUGCGAGUUCAAGUGCUGAACUGAGCGCCGAUCUGAGGAGUCGUCUGCAAAAGUACGUCAAUAGUUCACCGGUGGUGGUGUUCAUGAAGGGUACUCAACAAGAACCGAUGUGUGGCUUUAGUAAAAACGUUAAAAUGGUAUUGUUCAUUAUUCGUUUCUUAUUUACAAUGUUUAUUCGUUUAAAUUAUUCGUUUGUUCGUUUUUUGGUUAUUUAUUUAGCUUUUCAUUAUGUGCCCGAUGCAUUUACUAACAUCAGUCCUUUCGCUUAA